GUACUUAAUCAAACGUUGUAUGGGAGAGUUCUCAAUAAACGAAACAUUAAGUAAGUCGUUCAACGAGGCAUUGCCAGUUAAGUGGAUAUUAUUCUAAAAAUACCUUAACUAUGUGGAACGAUACAAAACAAAACGCUACUCCCACAUAUCCGGCACCAUCGUCGAUUCCAACUUAUCCAGCUUUGGAAAGGGCAGAAAACUCUGAUGGAUGGUGUAGGAGGAACCACCGAAAUAAACCCCAAUCAAAUUCAGCUGGAGCAGCGGCAAUGGUGUUCGUCUCUGGAGGAAUGUUUUUGGCAGAUCAGGGCAAACCUGAAUACUUCACAUGUAAACAUUUAGCAAUGAGUUGGUUUAUUGGCGCUAUAAUAGGUGCCGUUAUUGGGUCAGUGCUCUGCAAUAAAAUUUACAAGAAAUUGAUAACCUGCUUCGCUUCGCUUCUGGUCACAAUAUCAGGAAUACUACUAAUUGCGGACUCCGAUUCGUAUGAUGCACUGCUUGCAGCUCGUUAUUUGAAUGGUGGAGCUUUGGGCCUCGUAUUCCCCUUGACAAUGGUCUUGAUAAGCGAAGAAACUGUGAAAUAUAUGCGUGGAAUGAAUGCAGCUGCUAUGGCCUCCAUGUGUCUGAGUCUGGGCAUAUUUUUGCAGAUCUGUUACAUGUACAUCUGGCCCGAAGGUUCGUUCGACGGUACACAAAUGAUGGGCACUUUAUCAAUUUUUUGGGGCUUCAUCAGUUUCAUCAUUGCUUUUACAUUGCAACUGGAAUCGCCCGUUUUCUAUUUGCAGCGAGGCCAGGAAGAGAUGGCAAUUGAUGUGUUGCGACGCCUUCAAAGACCGUUUACUAUAACGCAUGAGACCUACGAACAAUUGGCAGAGCAUAAACUUUAUGUGGCUGAAAGUGCAGAAGAUACGCUACUCAAGAGUGCCUUAAUCGGUUUGCCUGCCUUGAUUAAGCUCAGCUUCUAUCGCGUUUUUACGGCGGCCAGCUAUUCAUUUUACUCAUUUUUCGCAGUAUCUUAUGCCAGUAGCGUCAUAUACACACCCGAUGAUUUUUGGCCUAUGUACAUAUACGGAUUGUGUGCUUGGCUUGGGCCUAUGCUGGUUUUAUUCACCUUAGACUCGAAGGGACGCAAACCACCAAUGAUUGUGGGCUUUUUCUUCACAUGCUCUAUUGCUUUCAUCCUGGGCGGUCUCUUGCAUAACCAGAAAAAUGUACGAGAUAAGGAUAUUAUGACAGCUGUUAUGUACCUAUUGAUGGCCUAUCAGUUCUUUGCUGGCUUGUCCACAGCAUCGUCAGCGGUGUACCUAACCGAAGCUUUUCCAUUGGCAGUUAAAUCUUUCUAUGUGGCGCUUGCCUUCAUCGCGGAAAUGGCUAUUCAUAUAGUGAUCAUUGCUGUACAUUCAGAGCCUUGGCGAUUUAAUGUGUACGACCUGUCCGAUUACUUUUACACCGUCGGGGCGCUGUCGUUGGUCUUUUUCGCAUUGGCCAUAGUUGCCAUGCCCGAAACGAAAAAUGAUACAUUGCGCGAAUGCCUGGCAAAGUUUCGAAAAAUAAUAAAUUAUAAAUCAGAUUAAAAUAGAAUUUAUAUUAUCAUACGGAAACUGCAACACAAAUAUGUACAUAAUUAUACCUGUAUUAUUCAAGAUCAAAUUCUAAUGUGGAAAUGUAUAUAAAAUAAUGUAUUAUGCUUCGGAAACUAAGAUCAAUGUAAAUAUAAAGAUAACGAAACGAA